CGCAGCACGAAGCCAUCCCCAUCACCUCCGUCCGUCCGACCCACCCAAUCGCCCACCACCCACCCACCGCCACCGUCCCGAUCUCCGGCCACCGUCAUGCCGUCCGCCGGUGCCGGCGCCGCCUUCCUACUCCGUCCAAUCUCCGCUACCACCCACCCUCUCAUCAGCUUAUCCUGUACCGGCGCCGGCGACAGCGCGAACCACAAGUCUCACCUCCUCUUCCGCCUCCACCAUUCGUGCCGCCGCCUGCCCGUGCCCCGCCUCUCCCUCACCCCGGCCCCCACCGGCAGCAAUAAUUCUCCGCCUGCCUCCGCGGCGUCCCCGGAGCCCCCGCCCCCUCCCUUCUCCAGGUGGUCCCCGCCGCGCGCGAUCUGGCGGGGGCUCUCGGCGCUGCUUCUCGCGGGGCAGGUCUUCCACCGCGUCCUCACCGGCCGCGUCCACCGCCGCAACCUCCUCGCGCAGCUCCGCCGCGUGGGCCCCGGGAGCGCGGGGGUCUCGCUCCUCACCGCGGCAUUCGUCGGCAUGGCCUUCACAAUCCAGUUCGUGCGCGAGUUCACUCGCCUCGGCCUCCACCGCUCCGUCGGCGGCGUCCUCGCCCUCGCGCUCUCCCGCGAGCUCUCCCCGGUCGUCACCGCCGUCGUCGCCGCGGGCCGGGUCGGCUCCGCGUUUGCUGCAGAGCUGGGGACCAUGCAGGUGUCGGAGCAGACCGACACCCUCCGCGUCCUUGGUGCGCAGCCCGUCGAUUACCUCGUGGUCCCUCGCGUCGUCGCUUGUGUGCUUGCGCUGCCCGUGCUAACCCUCAUGAGCUUCGCGCUCGGUCUGGCGUCCUCGGCAUUCUUAGCUGAUUCGAUCUUCGGUGUCAGUACCAGCAUCAUUCUGGAGUCAGCGCGAAGGGCGCUGCGGCCAUGGGACUUGAUCAGUUCCUUGCUAAAAUCUCAGGUGUUUGGCGCCAUUAUUGCUGUUGUGAGCUGUGCUUGGGGUGUCACCACCCAUGGUGGAGCCAAGGGCGUUGGAGAGUCCACCACAUCUGCAGUGGUCGUUUCUUUAGUUGGGAUUUUCGUUGCGGAUUUCGCUCUAUCAUGCCUGUUCUUCCAAGGAGCUGGUGAUUCUCUCAAAUAUGCAAUGGGUUGAAGCAGGAACGCAGCAGAGAAACCUUUUGGCUUCAUCGCAGCAUAGUGUAGUGGUGUACAUUGACAUGUAUGGUGUAGUGGACUCGAAGUGGUCGGCGUUUCAACAUCAGCCACUCUCAGGUGAAAUGAAUCAAUGUUCUUGUGGCAUCCAUUGGAAGUCGAUGCUAUGCUUUUUGUGUGUUGUGCUAAAUUAUUGCUCAACUUUUUGCUUCUAUUUCGUGUAUAACUUUACUAUUACUUCAGAAAAGGAAAUAACACUACAUAUGUCUAUUUUGGCUUUCUAAUGAAUUGUUAAAUUCUGAUACUCCAUCAGUCCAAUUUAAGACCAGCUUAAGCAGCGGGUGUAAGAUACAUAUUGCUUGCCAUGGUGUUUAGAGAAAAAUCACCCAAAAAAAAAAUCAGGAGAGCACACAAGUUUCAUAAGCUCGGUCUUAUUAAGAAAGCGAAGCAGUGAAUGUAGGAGAGCACACAAGUUUCAUAAGCUCAGUCUUAUUAAGAAAGCGAAGCAGUGAAUGCAAUCUUGCUAUCUGAGCUUUUUAGUUAUUCUUGGAUGAGAAGAACUGCAGUACUUUUUGUCAACAAAUCUAUGAGUGUAAAACAAAAGUGUUUGUUGAGGCGAACAGCGGUUCCUCUGACUUUCUGUAUGAGCUGGCAAGUGAAACAAAAGUGCUAGAUACAUGAAGAUGGUAAGCAAGAUCAUUAACUGUUCAUAGACCAUGAAUCUGGGCACCGUAGAUAAUGAUAUUUCACUAUUAUAUGAUGACAUAUGCAGGGACCCUGUCAGCACGCAGGAUUGGCAAGCCAUCUGAGCAUGUGAGGCCAGGGUAGCAGUGACUGACACGAAGAAUGACGGUGCCUAUCUGCAUCAUGGUGAAUAUUGGUGCUGUUGGAUUGAUCAUUGGUGGCAAAACUGGCUCUCAGCGUCACAUACCUAUAUAUAAGUGACUGGUUGAAAUCAUAAAGACCAGGUUCUUCAACAUACCUUGUAGAUUUUCAAUCUAAUGUUUGUGUAGGUAGAUUUUCAAUCUAAUGCUUGUGGAACAUGCACUUCUCAAAUUUAUUAACCAGUGACUUGAAUAAUCAUUUGGCAUUAAAAACUGUUUCUGUUC